ACAGAUUCUGGUUGUGGCAGAUUUGUUCCCGUCUCUUUGAUUCAUCCCAGUACACAACAACGCACUCCUAGUUCCCUUUCUGUGGGAUUUCAGGAGCUGCGGCAUGAACGCAUCGAUCGGGACCCAAUCUGUUUCAAUAGAGAUCAUGCAUGCCGUGUAUAGGUUUUUAAAGCCCAAGUAAAUGCGCAAAUAGUGUCUCUUUAAAAAUAAAAGAGGAAGACGGCGGGACGGAUUGGGAACGCGCGCUGUGGCGUUCUCCUUCUGUUCACCUAGAAGCUAAUGGGGAGAUCGCACAGUUGGACACAAAGCUAGUGCGCUCAAGACCAGACAGUCGUCUUCCCUCGUGUUGGUGACUCUGUACUGUCGUGUUGGAUGCAGCUUAACAAGCAGAAGAAGAGGAAGAAAGGAUUUCUCUCGCUCCAGUGGACUAGAUUGUGUCCGGAAUGAUGAAAAAGUGAACUUGAAUAGUUCCAGAAACCAAAGAAAGACGUGAGACGGAGAGAUACAUUUUGUGGGAGACUUUAGGUGGAAGUAGGCGCCAGCGUUGACCACGUGGCAUCGUUGGUCAGGUAAAAAAGCCGGUCUCCCUGUAGGAUGACCAGCCUUUUCCGACGUAGCAGCAGUAAUGGAGGGUCUCGGGGCUCGGAUACAGGAGAGCUCAACAACUCCAGGCCCAAUCGGCAAGUUCGACGGCUGGAGUUCAACCAGGCCAUGGAGGACUUUAAAACCAUGUUCCCUAGCAUGGACUAUGAGGUGAUUGAGUGCGUACUGCGCUCCAACAAUGGGGCUGUGGAUGCCACCAUCGACCAACUCCUGCAGAUGAGCAUUGACGGACAAGACUCAGAUGAUAGUUCGGAUUCAGAUGACAGCAUCCCACCAGAGAUUCUUGAGCGGACCCUCGAGCCAGACAGCUCAGAUGAAGAGCCGCCCCCUGUCUACUCACCACCAACAUAUGCCAUGCACAUAUAUGACAGGAAAUACCCAGAUGCUCCUCCAGUUCCUCCACCCAGAUUUGAGGCCCAACCUCCCCUUGGACACAGACAAGUGCAAGGUUACAAAAACUGGAACCCACCGUUACUUGGCAAUCUGCCUGACGACUUCCUGCGAAUCCUGCCCCAACAGCUGGACAGUAUACAGGGCUCUCAGAGUAGCAUCUCCAAGCCCUCCUCCUCCUCAGUACCCCAGAAGGUCCCCACUGUGGCGUCCGUCACAGGAACAGGCGGCACUUCAGAGCAGGAACGCAAACUGAAGCAAUAUUUAGAGGAUGAGCGUAUUGCACUUUUCCUGCAGAAUGAAGAGUUCAUGAAGGAGCUGCAAAGGAACCGAGAGUUCCUCAUUGCGCUGGAAAGAGAUCGAUUGAAAUACGAGUCAAAGAAAUCCAAAUCCAGUCAUUCAUCAGCUAGCAUGGAGAACUCCACAGGUGACCAUUAUGCUUCGGGAUCUGUAGAGGCCUGCACAGCAGUCUCAGAUGACGCUCUGUUUAGAGACAAGCUAAAGCACAUGGGGAAGUCAACCAGGAAGAAGCUGUUUGAAAUUGCCCGAGGGUUCUCAGAGAAGACGAAGCGGAGGAAGUCUAAAAGAAGAACGCUGCUACGGCAUCACUCAUUGGGCACAGCCAACUCCACUGCCAACCUCCUAGAUGAUGUGGAAGGAAACCCAUGUGAUGAAGAAAGUCAGCUUAGACGAUUGGCUGCACAGGAAGAGGAGGAGCCACAUAAGGAAACACUAUCAUGAUCCCUCCGUGCUCUUGGGAAAUUAGGGUUUCCAUGGCGACCUCAGAAUGACCCAUGGCUGAUAGCUCCUUAUCUCAGUGGCUCCAGUGCUUAGCUCAGUGCCAGGCAAUCGCAGACUCCAGAGGACCAGCCGAGGCUGGACUGCGUGAUCAUUUUGUAGCAGCCUUUUGCGAGCCUAAGAUCAUUGUUACCUACAUUUGAUUACUAUUAUAAUUAUUGUACUGUAACUGUUUGUUAAUAUUUGGUUUCAUAUGUAAUACUCAACAGCUAUAGUACUGAUCUUCAACUAUGUAUUUUUUUUUCAUCCUAAACCAUCAAAAACAAAAUUCCCUUUGUUUUUUUGUUGUUUUUGUUGUUUUUUAUCUAUAUAAUUAACCUGAGGAAUUUAAAUACACAGAUAUUUGAUUUGUUUAUUACUGUCCACAGUUAACGGUCAGUCAUUUCAGCAUAUUAGUAUAGAACACUUUUAUUUUUAAUAGACUUUUGGAGUCUAAUCUGCAUAUAAUCAUCAACGGUAUUUCCUCAAAGAAUGUACCCAGAUCAUGACGUCCAUUAUUUACUCAUAAACCUUUCUUUAUCAUUGCAAAAUAAAAAAAAUUUGGGCCAUUUAGUCUGUUGUGAUUUUAGGGUGCUGAAUAGUCCAUUUCCAUACAACUUUUUCAUAGUUAAAUUCAGACGAGAUGUCCCUCUUUAAGACUGAAGCAAUGCACAUCUUCUAUGUAAUACAUCUUUGAUUUCCAAAAUUCGAUUUCAGGCUUUUGUCUUUUUUUUACACAAAAAAGAAAGGCAAUCUUAUUGACCCACUGAAGAGUUUGCCUCCUCCUCAUGUUUGCACUGCCAUAUCUGUUUUAUAAAAUAUGUAAAUACUUUUUUCAACCGUAACAGUGAUUAGAUUGAUUGAUUGUUUUUUCAGAACAAGCAUAGAACAGUUUGAAUGAUGCUGUCAUUGAACCAACCAAAACGCUGCUGUGUGCUUUGCUUUCUUUUUUCUUGUUUUUUUUUGCAAAUCACACUGAAUGAUUUACCCUAACGCUGUGCUUCCAGUGACUGGUUGGAGGUCUAAUUGUGAUCAACCAAUAAGAAUGUGCUAUUAUGUUCCUUUUAGUGUUGUGCAUCCGAGUAUUGAUUCAGUGUAAAGUGGCCCGUUGGAAAACACUGUGUGACAGUGAUGUUUAUGUACAUCAGAUAGUCCAACAGUUAAAUCUGUCUGUUUGAAACCAUCUCGUAUCAGUAUUAUAUGCAAGAUUCAGAUGUUACUGAUACACUUUGUGCUUCUGAAAUGUACCAAUGUGGCUGUAGGAGCUUGCUUGUUUUAAGGGGAUUUGUUAUAUAUAUUGAUGUUCAUGUCACAUCAAUAUGUGAUUGAUUUUUGCCAUUAUUACAAAUUAUAUAGGUUUUCUUAGGCAUCAUGAAUGACAUGUAUACCACAUAAAAUCAUGUUCUGUAAACUGUAAUCACCAUUAUGAAAUAUGUGCUCAUGCCGUGCAUAUUUGCAUGAUUACUUUUUUUCAUAUGGCACAAAAAAGAAGUCUGUAAUCUGAUUUGAAAAUGAUGUGAAUUGAAAGAACAAAGGUUUUGUAAGAGGCAAACCUUGUUGAGAGAAAUAACGCAUACAGCGUUGUCAUCUGUGAUUCACAGACACGCACGACUGUGAGGUUUUCCCUUCAAUCCUGCUUGUUAACAUAUUUUAUCCUCUCAGGGAACUUGCUCUCAUUUCACUUUCUGCUAAAAGCACAACUCAAACUGAAAACUUGUUAGCACAAAGGCUUUAAUAGGUGAGGCAGAACCGUCUGUUUACCGGGCAUAAGGUUGAUAUGAAGAAUUCAAGGACCGUGUGGCUGAUCUGCUUCAGUUUGUAGCCAAGUUCCUUUUCUUGAUCACAUGUCCUUGUGUGUUUACCUGAAAUCUCUUCAAGAUCCCCUUUUCCACUUUCUGUAUUUGUAUGGGGCAGAUAGAGCCGAAUUAACUGGCAGAUGUGUUCAGAAAGUUUUGUGUGUGAGCCACAUGACUUCAAGUGGCUCUUUACAAUUAGUGGUAUGUACUGUUUGUACUGUAUUAGAAGAAAGCAACUGUACAUGCAAAUUGGCAAUUUUUUAUAUGAAAUAUUUGUUGUACCCAUUAUUUCUGUCCCCAUAGUUUCUUCUGAAAAAUAUGACUCUGACUCUCACUCAAAUUAAGUUGACUCUUUGUCUACUUGUCCAAAGUCUGUGUGAUUGUUCCACAUCACACCAUUCACUUAAUACUAUUUCAAGUUCUGGACUUUUCUUACAAUUCAGAUGUUUAUUAGUUAUUGGAAUAAAUAAUAAAAUUGUUGUA